AUGGCCUUAUUCAGGCACAUGGGAUCGAGGACGCAAGCGGAAGACAAAGCCCAUAGUUUCCCAGGUCCGAUAGAUGAUUCGUUCCGUAACACAUUGGGUCACCAUGGUCAGAUGCAGUCUCCUAGUUGCACUGCCGACAAAGGCACCGCAUUUUCAUAUGCUGUUGAUGGUCUAUCCUUGAUGAGGAGUGUUGAUCUACCUACCCGGCGCUGGACUGCUGAUGACAACCUUUCAUCUCUUCAUUCGGAACUAGCCCUAAACUCCGACACAACACAGUAUCACCACACCUUUGACCACACGAGCAGACUAUUAACAGUAGGAGGCCAUUUUGAUGUCGAUUCCGGGGUUCUGUUUCAGGAUCCAAAGGGGCAGCUUAUUGAACGUUCCUCGCGGCCCACUGCCGGCAACUGGAUGGAACAACAGCAAGUGUACAAGUACAACACGCCGUCUGCAACAAGAGAACCCCGCCACCAUAAAUCAAAUGAGCCUACCCCGUUGAUGAGAAAGGGAGAUAUAUUCUCAGACCAUACAACUAUCUCGCCUUCUUCCUCACCUUCUCCCGGUACCAUGGCUUAUCAAGAUAACUGGUUUCAACAGCGCCUGGAGAGCUAUGACCUUCAACAGAUGGUUCAAUCCCCGGACUGUCUAGAAUCAACCACUGCUUCCUAUUCGCAGCAGUUCCAUGAUAGGCGUGAAAGCCUGUCGCAUCUAUCCACCGCGAGCAGAGAGUCCAAUCGUUCAUCCCUUGACAGUACCACACCCAUUUCAACACCAAGAUAUAGCUCGACUGUAAUGAGCCACCAGGCUCAUAGCCCAUCCGUACCAACUACUAACGACAGCUCUGAGGCACCCUGCCAGCAGUAUCAGGGUCAAUCAGCUAUGCCACCGGUAUCGAAUCAUACACCACCGCCUCCACCACCCCCACCGCAGCAAAUCCUCCGUUCUCAGCCUUGCGACGUUCCACCUGGGAACUCAUGGCAGCCAGAGUCCAUAGGGGUCUCUAUUUUCCAGUGUUCCCAGCCCAAUAUCCCGCCUCAUGAAUCAGAGAAUUGGUGGGCAGACACGCCUCCGGCCAUCUCUAACAGAAGCUUGCAACCACCGUUCCCCCAUGCGAGUUACUCCUCAGCGGUGACAUCUAUGCCAUACCGCAACCAACACCAUCGGUUUACUCACAUACCAGAGUCCGUUCAGAAUUCUGGUCUGAUGAUAGGCAUGGAUGCAUCUAGUUCUGAACUUAACACUUCUAUUCAGGAGCCAUCCAUGCCAACACCCCAGCUACCUAGGCCCAAAGUAGCAUUAACUCCAGGCUACUCGCCUCUUCCCUAUAUUCCAUCACAGCAUCAACGGCCUCAUCAUCCCCCACCCAUCCAGACCACCCACACAUCCAUUCCAAUAGCCCAUUCAGCGCCAACUAUAUCUGCUGCUCCUCGCUCAGCUCCCGUAUUCAGCCGAAGACUCCCUCCAGGGCACAUCUCGCAGCAGUCGCCCAAGUCCAGAUACCACGGCCCACCACACCAAAGGCGUGGACAACAUGCUCGCAAAGCAGCCAGCUUCUCCGGCCAGGCAACGAAAUGCUCCAAACCAAAUUCAUCCAACAACUCUACCCACAACAGUAUUAACAGCGGCUAUAAUAAUGUCAUUAACAAAGCUGCUAAGAACGUUUCCUUCGUUAACUUUACGCCAGAAGAUAGCCACAAGCUGCUAACAGGGGUAGCUCCCAGCGGAAGCUCCAAGACCAAAGCAAGGCGUGAGCAAGAAGCCCGUGACAAGAGAAGAAAGCUAUCCGAGGCUGCAUUGCUCGCUGUUCGACGAGCAGGCGGCGACGUUGAAGCUUUAGAAGCUGUGUUCUGCUAA